AUGCAAGCCCCCAAAACGAAGGUGAUAACAAGAAACGGAAAAGCAAUGGAAUCUCCAAAAAUCCAAACCCUAAUCAUCACUAUUUUUCUCUUCACAAUCCCAACAUCAUUCGCAUCACCACCAAAUCUCGAAAACGGUUUCACACAAUGCAUCACCGAUUUGAAACCCUCAAAUCUAAACUCCCCUAUUCAAAACUUUACCUACACUCGACAAAGCCCAAAGUUCCUCACAAUCCUACACAACUACGUCCGUAAUCUCCGUUACUUCAACAACACGACACGCAAACCUAUCGCAAUCGUAGCUGCAGCCGAUGUUACUCACAUCCAGACUCACCUGCGCCAAGAAACUCGGCCUUCAGCUCCGGAUCCGCAACUAUGA